AUGUUCAUUGGGGAAUGGACGACUGCUGAUGUUGCUGUUGAUGUUGCUGUUGCUGUUGCUGUUGCUGUUGAUGUUGAUGUUGAUGUUGCUGUUGAUGUUGCUGUUGCUGUUGCUGUUGAUGUUGAUGUUGAUGUUGCUGUUGAUGUCGGUGUCGAUGUUGUGGUUGCUGUUGCUGUUGCUGUUGAUGUCGGUGUCGAUGUUGUGGUUGCUGUUGCUGUUGAUGUUGCUGUUGCUGUUGAUGUUGAUGUUGCUGUUGAUGUUGCUGUUGAUGUUGCUGUUGAUGUUGAUGUUGCUGUUGAUGUUGCUGUUGAUGUCGGUGUCGAUGUUGUGGUUGCUGUUGCUGUUGCUGUUGAUGUUGCUGUUGCUGUUGCUGUUGCUGUUGAUGUUGAUGUUGCUGUUGAUGUUGCUGUUGAUGUCGGUGUCGAUGUUGUGGUUGCUGUUGCUGUUGAUGUUGCUGUUGCUGUUGAUGUUGAUGUUGCUGUUGAUGUUGCUGUUGAUGUUGAUGUUGCUGUUGAUGUUGCUGUUGAUGUCGGUGUCGAUGUUGUGGUUGCUGUUGCUGUUGCUGUUGAUGUUGCUGUUGCUGUUGCUGUUGCUGUUGAUGUUGAUGUUGCUGUUGAUGUUGCUGUUGAUGUCGGUGUCGAUGUUGUGGUUGCUGUUGCUGUUGAUGUUGCUGUUGCUGUUGAUGUUGAUGUUGCUGUUGAUGUUGCUGUUGAUGUUGCUGUUGAUGUUGAUGUUGCUGUUGAUGUUGCUGUUGAUGUCGGUGUCGAUGUUGUGGUUGCUGUUGCUGUUGCUGUUGAUGUUGCUGUUGCUGUUGCUGUUGCUGUUGAUGUUGGUGUUGCUGUUGAUGUUGCUGUUGAUGUCGGUGUCGAUGUUGUGGUUGCUGUUGCUGUUGAUGUUGCUGUUGCUGUUGCUGUUGAUGUUGAUGUUGCUGUUGAUGUUGCUGUUGAUGUCGGUGUCGAUGUUGUGGUUGCUGUUGCUGUUGAUGUUGCUGUUGAUACGGCGAGU